GUUGCGCUCGUCAUCGCCACCCGUCAAUCCAACCCUUUAAAAACAUUUACUUUUAUAAUUGGAGAGAGAGAGAGAGACGUGGGGAAGAACAAAACCGUCUUCAUCUUCUUCAACCCCUCAGAAGAAGAUCGAGAAGACCCAUUUCUUAAAUUCACUAAUAUAAUUUGGUGAUAAAUAAUGGCGGGGUGGAGAGGGAUACUGGGAUUUGAGUACGGAAUAGUGCAGGCGCCGUUGGGCCCGGAUAUUUCGGGGCCGGAGCUGGUGGCCGCCGUGGCGAACGCCGGCGGGCUGGGGUUCCUGAGAGCCCCUGACUGGGAGGCGCCGGAUUAUGUGAGGCAGCUAAUAAGGAAGACUCGGGAACUGACGGAUAAGGCGUUCGGAGUGGGUGUGGUUCUGGCCUUCCCUCACGAAGCCAACAUCGAGGCCAUACUCGACGAGAAAGUUGCAGUCUUGCAAGUUUAUUGGGGCCAAUGCUCCCAACGUCUCCUCACCGCUGCUCAUCGAGCCGGCGUUAGGCUUCUCUCUCAGGUUGGAAGUUUGGAUGAAGCAGAAAAAGCCAUUGAUGUGGGGGUCGACGCGAUAAUGGUCCAAGGAGUCGAAGCCGGGGGCCAUGUCAUCGGUCAGGUUGGACUAAUGACACUAUUGCCAAGAGUGGUGGAUCUCGUCCGCAGCCGCAAUUGCAAUAUUCCAGUAAUUGCGGCCGGGGGAAUAGUUGACGAGCGUGGCUAUGUGGCAGCACUAGCCCUAGGCGCCCAAGGCGUAGCUUUGGGCACAAGGUUCCUAGCAACGGAGGAGAGCUUUGCUCACCCCAUCUACAAGAGGAAACUGAUCGAGCUAGACGAAACCGAGUACACAGAUGUAUUUGGACGCGCGAGGUGGCCAGGUGCACCCCAUCGCGUCUUGAGAACUCCCUUCUUCAAGGAGUGGAGAAGCCUCUCCAGAGAUGUGGACGAGAGCGAUCAGCCGGUGAUCGGUCAUUCCAUCAUCCAUGGAGUGGAAAAGGAGAUACGACGCUUUGCUGGGACAGUGCCCAACAAGACGACCACAGGAGACAUCGAGAGCAUGGUCAUGUAUGGAGGGCAGGGUAUCGGCCUCAUCAAUGAGAUAAUACCCGCAGGCCAAGUCGUGGAGCGACUUGUCAAAGGGGCUCAAGCUCUAAUUGAGGACCAACUUGCUAGCGAGAACAAAUGAUUUAUAAACAUAUUUCUGUAAUUCCACAAGCAUGAAUUAAUCAUACGUUUUGACUUCUAUUUGUGAACUUCACUGCAGAUGAAGUAUAAAUUCAUGUCUAAGUAAAGCCAUCAGGUUACGUACCAGCAUUUUCCGUUGCCUAUCUGAAAAAGAAGCCGAUAAAAGCAUCCCAGUAUCCAGACAACUGCACAACAACAAAUGUUACAAGUAAAAUACAAGAAAAUAUAAAACCCAAACGGAUUCUGUGUAUUGUAAUAGAACAUUCUUUGAGUAUUAGAGAAAAGGCUAUGAACAUAGCUGAGAUAAUUUUGUUUUCAGAAGGAUUAAACUCUUAAACCACUAUGCUGGAGGGACCUAAAUAAUCUUUUCCUAAAAAUAUUAGAUAAAUUAUCAUCCACACAUGUAGCAGCCUGUGAUCAAACCAUUGACAUAAAUAAAGUGAUGAUUGAUAUGAUAGAA